AUGAAGACUUUUGUUUUUGUUAUCUUUGUGAUUUUAAGCACAAUAUCGUAUGCUUUUUCAAAAGGCAUUAAUACUUAUGAAAACUUAAAUUUAUUUACUUCAAAGAAAAUUAGGAGUUAUAGCUCAUCAACCUAUUCUGAAUUAACUAAUUUCUUAUCAAAACGCUCAUUAACUUCAUCCGCAUGGUUUAUUGUUUUAGACGAUGAUACUUCUAUGUAUAGUCUUAUUUUAGAUGAUUCUACCACAACUGAAGAAGGAUGUAAAUCAUAUUUAGAAUAUUUAUGUAAAGAAUUCGUGAAAAAGCUACCAAGAGGAAAUUUUACUAAUAUACUAGAAAAACUAUGCGACUUGAGUAAAAGAAAUAAUUAUUGUAAAGGUCUCUUUACUCAGGGUCCUAUUAAAAAAGACUUAGAUAAAAAAUGUAAUGGUAUAAAGGAAAAACUCAUUUAUUACUAUUAUUUAGGUGAAGAUUUAUUUUUGGGAACAAAAAAUACAAAAAUAGAAACAGAGCAUUGUGAAAAUUAUGGAACAUUGUGUGUAAUUUUUCAAAGAAUUUGUAAUAAUUUGAUUGGCGAUUUAUGUGCUAGAUUUAAUGGGCUUUGUUAUAAAAAAUAUACAAAAGAUAAUGAAAAUAACAUAUUAUUGAAAUUUAUAGGUGAAAAAAUAAUAACUAGUGAACUAACACGUAAUAAUCUAAAACAUGAUGAAUCUGAAGAAUAUAGUCAAUGUGUUGACAGUCUUCUUGACAAAUGUCAUUGUGUAACCUCUUUCGGGCCUAUUAUGGUAAAAUCUUGUUUUGAAAUACAGGAUACAUGUAAACACUUUUCUCAACGUAUUACCUUUACUUGUCGAUGUUUUGACUAUUAUAUUAAGGAAUUUUUCUUAGAAAAGCUCCAUAUUACAGGCUAUACGAAAGAAGUAACGAGAAAUAAUUGCUCAUUGCUUGACGUUUGCGAGCAGUAUUUGUUAUUACAUUGUCAUAAUCAGGCAACAAAGACUCUUUGUAAAUCAAUAAUAGAAGAAUGCACUAGAAAUAUUGAUCCAGAUAUGCUGUUUAUAAAGAAUAUUUCUUUAGGGGAAUGCAGUUCAACAUUUAAAGACGUAAAUUUGACUUUGUCUUUUCUUAAUGAAAGAGAAAAUAGUGUUUCACUGCCUUAUAAAAAUCCAUAUCUUACUCUUCUUAUAAUAUUCGGGAUUUCCUUAAUGAGGCGUGGUUCUAGUUUAAACGAAAAAUGUAUGAACUUUCUUAAACAUGAUUGUACUAAUCAUCAACGUGUAUUUCCUAAUCUUGAUGCAUAUUGUCAAAGUGGACGAACUGAUGAGUGCGAUAAUCUGAAUGAAAGCAUCAAUAAAACAUGUGUCAAUUUAAACAGAACAUUUGAUGAUUUAGGUCUUGUUUCUGCAAAUGGUGUUUGGACUAUACUAUGGAACAGCACUGCAAACAUUAUCACUACACCUCAAUGUCAAAUGUUAAUAGAAGAAUGCACUUAUUUUGAACAUGCAUGUCUUGGUAUUAAAAGUCCAUGUGAAAAUGUAAAAGCUCUAUGUUAUACGCUGGGUAUAAAAAGAUCUCACUUGAAUAAUGUUUGGAAAAAACUCAAAGAAAAAAUACCAUCUACUGAUUUUAGCAUUUUUAAUCAAUCUCAUCUAUCUCUGUCCUCUGAUAUUUCUAAUUUAUACAAGCCUAUUUUAGAUAUAUGUGCUGAGUUUGGAGGAACUAACGAGGUCUUAUUUAGAUGGUGUUUGUACCCUACUCCUAAUGACCCCCCCCCCCGACACGAGGAUUUAAAAAGAGGCUUACUAUAUGUAUCAGAACCUCCUACUUUAACGGAAUGUGCAUCUUAUCUUUAUGAAUGUCACAGCUUAUCAAACAUUUUUAAAGAUCUUACCAAUUGUACAAUGUUGGAAGAAGCAUGUUAUAGUAGUCACAAAAACUAUGGUAGACCUAAAGAUUCUAAAUUUAGUAAGUCGGCUUGA